GGCAUGCAGUGCUCUUCGCCUUUUGAUUAAAGCCCCUCGUCUGACUUCAGUUUGAAGGCUGGGCACUGAGGAGGACGGAUCAGAGGGACCUGACCUAGCUUGGCCAUUCAUUGAAGAGGGAGAAGAAAAAGGAAAGACAAGGAAAGAAACUACCACCAACUAGCGCUCCCCCCCCCCCCCAAAAAAAGGAAAAAAAAACAACUUUGAAUUUUUUCGCCUCUCCCUCCCUGAUGGCUGUGUAGCAAUCAUCCCUGAGGAUAGGUGGAAGGGAAGAAGUGGGUAGAAAAUUGCAGUUUCGUGGUUGCAGGUUACAGUUGUGGACCCUGAUCGAUCCUGGAGAUGGAGCGUUGGUCCACAAGGUGGAAAACGAAAAGGUGGCUUUGGGACUCUACAAUAACCACCUUCGUCGUAAUAACUUUCAUCUUCCAAGCUGCAGAGGUCAGAGGAGCUACACCAGUUGAUGUACUAAAAGCAUUAGACUUUCAUAAUUCACCAGAGGGAAUAUCAAAAACAGCAGGAUUCUGCACAAACAGGAGGAAUUCAAAAGGUUCAGAUACUGCUUACAAAGUUACAAAACAAGCACAGAUCAGUGCCCCCACAAAACAGUUAUUUCCAGGUGGAACAUUUCCUCAAGAUUUUUCAAUAUUAUUUACAGUAAAGCCCAAAAAGGGAAUCCAAUCCUUCCUUUUAUCCAUCUAUAAUGAGCAGGGUAUUCAGCAAAUUGGUGUUGAGGUUGGAAGGUCCCCUGUCUUCCUCUAUGAAGAUCAACAUGGAAAACCUGCCCCAGAAGACUACCCUCUUUUCAGAACUGUCAACAUUGCUGAUGGGAAGUGGCAUCGGAUUGCUAUCAGCGUGGAGAAAAAAACGGUGACUAUGAUUGUUGACUGCAAGAAGAAAACAACUAAACCGCUCCAGAGAAGUGACAAAGCAAUUGUGGAUACCAAUGGGAUCACAGUUUUUGGAACAAGGAUUUUGGAUGAAGAAGUUUUUGAGGGUGAUAUCCAGCAGCUAUUAAUUAUAGCUGACCCUAAAGCAGCUUAUGACUACUGUGAGCAUUACAGCCCAGACUGUGAUUCCCCCAGCCCCAAUACUGCUCAGGCUCAGGAACCACAUAUUGAGGAGUAUGCACCUGAAGAUAUUAAUCGAACCUAUGACUAUGAGUAUGGGGAAGCAGAGUAUAAAAGAGGCUGAAAGGUAACAGAGGGACCCACACUAAUUGAGGAAACCAUAGCACAAACUGAGGCAAAUGUUGUUGAUGACUUUCAAGAAUACAACUAUGGAACAUCUGAAAGCUACCAGACUGAAAAUCCUAGGCGGGUAUCUGGACCAAAUGAGCAAGAUCCAGUUGAAGAAGUGUUUACUGAAGAAAUACAUAAUGGAGAGGAUUAUGAUUCCCAGAGAAAAAUCGAGGAUAACCAGUAUGAAAGCAAAGGAGUAGACGGCAGGGAUUCUGAUCCUCUGGUAGAUGGAGAUUUAGGAGAAUAUGAUUUUUAUGAAUAAGAAUAUGAAGAUAAACCCACCAAUCCCACUAAUGAAGAAUUUGGUCCAGGUGUACCAGCUGAAACUGAUAUCACAGAAACAAGCGUAAAUGGACAUGGUGCCUAUGGGGAAAAGGGGACGAAAGGAGAACCAGCUGUAGUUGAACCCGGGAUGCUUAUUGAAGGGCCACCGGGACCGGCUGGACCUGCUGGUCUCAUGGGUCCUCCUGGUCUUCAAGGCCCCACUGGACCUCCUGGUGAUCCUGGUGAAAGGGGCCCAGCUGGACGUCCUGGUUUACCAGGGGCUGAUGGUUUACCUGGUCCUCCUGGUACCAUGUUAAUGUUACCAUUUCGCUAUGGCGGAGAUGGUUCAAAAGGACCAACCAUCUCUGCUCAAGAAGCUCAGGCUCAAGCUAUUCUUCAGCAGGCUCGGAUUGCUCUCAGAGGUCCACCUGGCCCAAUGGGUCUAACUGGAAGACCAGGUCCUGUGGGCGGGCCUGGUUCAUCCGGGGCUAAAGGAGAAGGGGGUGAACCAGGGCCUCAGGGUCCUCGUGGUAUUCAAGGUCCUCCUGGUCCAACUGGCAAAGCUGGAAAAAGGGGUCGCCCAGGUGCUGAUGGAGGAAGAGGAAUGCCAGGAGAACCUGGAGCAAAGGGUGACAGAGGAUUUGAUGGACUUCCUGGUCUACCUGGUGACAAAGGCCACAGAGGAGAACGUGGCCCCCAAGGUCCUCCUGGCUCUCCUGGUGAAGAUGGAAUGAGAGGAGAAGAUGGAGAAAUUGGACCAAGAGGUCUUCCAGGUGAAGCUGGUCCACGAGGCCUGUUGGGACCCAGAGGAACACCUGGCCCUCCAGGACAGCCUGGUAUUGCAGGUGUGGAUGGCCCACCUGGUCCGAAAGGAAAUAUGGGCCCUCAAGGGGAACCUGGACCUCCUGGUCAACAAGGAAUUCCAGGCCCACAAGGCCUUCCUGGUCCCCAAGGCCCAAUUGGCCCUCCUGGUGAAAAAGGUCCACAAGGAAAACCUGGCCUUGCUGGACUUGCUGGUGCUGAUGGGCCUCCUGGUCAUCCUGGCAAAGAAGGCCAAUCUGGAGAAAAAGGUGCUCUGGGCCCUCCUGGUCCACAAGGUCCCAUUGGUUAUCCUGGCCCCCGUGGUGUAAAGGGUGCUGAUGGUGUAAGAGGUCUUAAGGGCUCUAAAGGCGAAAAGGGCGAAGAUGGUUUCCCUGGAUUUAAAGGAGACAUGGGUCUUAAAGGUGACAGAGGAGAAGUUGGACAAGUGGGCCCAAGAGGAGAAGAUGGUCCUGAAGGUCCAAAAGGAAGAGCAGGUCCAACUGGGGACCCUGGUGGUCCUGGUCAAGCUGGGGAGAAGGGGAAACUUGGAGUUCCAGGAUUACCAGGAUACCCAGGAAGACAAGGUCCAAAGGGUUCCACUGGCUUUCCAGGAUUCCCAGGUGCUAAUGGAGAGAAAGGUGCCAGGGGUGUAGCUGGCAAACCCGGCCCCCGGGGACAGCGUGGUCCAACUGGACCAAGAGGUUCAAGAGGUGCAAGGGGUCCCACAGGAAAACCAGGCCCAAAGGGUACUUCAGGUAGUGAUGGUCCACCUGGUCCACCUGGUGAAAGAGGACCUCAAGGACCUCAGGGCCCUGUUGGAUUCCCUGGACCAAAAGGCCCCCCUGGGCCACCUGGAAAAGAUGGACUUCCCGGGCACCCAGGACAACGUGGAGAAACUGGUUUUCAAGGCAAAACAGGUCCUCCAGGACCAGGCGGAGUUGUUGGACCACAGGGGCCAACUGGUGAGACUGGUCCAAUAGGUGAACGAGGUCAUCCCGGACCUCCAGGUCCUCCUGGUGAGCAAGGACUUCCUGGUGCAGCUGGAAAAGAGGGUGCAAAGGGUGACCCUGGUCCUCAAGGUGUCUCAGGGAAAGAUGGACCACCAGGACUUCGUGGUUUCCCAGGAGAAAGAGGCCUUCCUGGAGCUCAGGGUGCACCUGGAUUGAAAGGUGGGGAAGGUCCUCAAGGUCCGCCUGGUCCACUUGGCUCACCAGGAGAACGGGGUUCUGCAGGUACAGCUGGUCCAAUUGGUUUACCAGGUCGCCCAGGGCCCCAAGGUCCCCCAGGUCCAGCAGGAGAAAAAGGUGCUCCUGGAGAAAAGGGUCCCCAAGGUCCAGCAGGACGAGAUGGUGUACAAGGUCCCGUGGGUCUUCCGGGUCCAGCUGGCCCUGCAGGCUCCCCUGGAGAAGAUGGGGAUAAGGGUGAAAUUGGUGAACCAGGACAGAAAGGAAGUAAAGGAGACAAAGGAGAAAAUGGUCCUCCUGGUCCCCCAGGCCUUCAAGGACCUGUUGGUGCCCCUGGAAUUGCUGGAGGUGAUGGGGAGCCUGGACCAAGAGGUCAGCAGGGAAUGUUUGGCCAGAAAGGUGAUGAAGGUGCUAGAGGAUUCCCUGGUCCUCCUGGUCCCAUUGGCCUUCAGGGCCUGCCUGGUCCCCCAGGAGAAAAAGGUGAAAAUGGUGAUGUUGGUCCAAUGGGUCCACCUGGUCCUCCAGGCCCAAGAGGUCCUCAGGGUCCCAAUGGUGCUGAUGGUCCACAAGGCCCCUCAGGAUCAGUUGGCUCAGUUGGUGGUGUUGGUGAAAAGGGUGAACCCGGAGAAGCAGGCAAUCCUGGCCCCCCUGGUGAAUCUGGCCCUGGUGGUCCAAAAGGUGAACGAGGAGAAAAAGGCGAAGCUGGUCCCCCUGGUGCUGCAGGACCUCCAGGCAUCAAGGGACCUCCAGGUGAUGAUGGACCUAAAGGCAAUCCAGGUCCUGUUGGCUUUCCUGGAGAUCCUGGUCCUCCUGGUGAACCAGGUCCUGGUGGUCAAGAUGGUGUUGGCGGUGAUAAAGGUGAAGAUGGAGAUCCUGGUCAGCCUGGUCCUCCUGGUCCUUCUGGUGAAGCUGGCCCCCCUGGACCUCCUGGGAAAAGAGGCCCUCCUGGAGCUGCAGGGUCAGAGGGAAGACAAGGAGAAAAGGGCGCCAAGGGAGAAGCAGGAUCAGAAGGUGCCCCUGGCAAAACUGGUCCUGUUGGCCCUCAAGGACCAGCAGGAAAACCUGGCCCAGAAGGUCUUCGUGGUAUUCCUGGUCCUGUGGGAGAACAAGGGCUGCCUGGAGCUGCAGGCCAAGAUGGUCCACCUGGUCCUUUAGGCCCCCCUGGCUUACCUGGACUGAAGGGUGACCCUGGCUCUAAAGGGGAGAAGGGACAUCCUGGUUUGAUUGGUCUGAUUGGUCCUCCAGGAGAGCAAGGUGAAAAAGGUGACAGGGGACUUCCAGGAACACAAGGAACUCCCGGAGCCAAGGGUGAUGGUGGAAUUCCUGGUCCAGCUGGUCCCGUUGGCCCCCCUGGUCCUCCAGGCUUGCCAGGUCCUCAAGGUCCAAAAGGCAACAAAGGUUCUUCUGGUCCUACUGGUCAGAAGGGUGACAGUGGUCUUCCUGGGCCUCCUGGGCCUCCAGGUCCUCCUGGUGAAGUCAUCCAGCCUUUACCAAUUCUCUCACCAAAAAAGACGAGACGGCAUGCUGAGGGUAUGCAAGCUGAUGCAGGAGAUAAUAUUCUUGAUUACUCUGAUGGAAUGGAGGAGAUCUUUGGUUCUCUCAACUCUCUGAAACAAGAUAUUGAGAGGAUGAAAUACCCCAUGGGCACCCAGAACAAUCCAUCCCGAACUUGCAAAGAUCUGCAGCUCUCCCAUCCAGACUUCCCAGAUGGUGAGUAUUGGAUUGAUCCAAAUCAAGGUUGUUCAGGAGAUUCUUUCAAAGUUUACUGUAACUUCACAGCUGGUGGAGAAACUUGCAUUUACCCUGACAAGAAAUCUGAAGGAGUAAGAAUUUCAUCAUGGCCAAAGGAGAAGCCAGGAAGCUGGUUUAGUGAAUUUAAGAGAGGAAAACUGCUGUCUUACUUGGAUGUGGAAGGGAAUUCCAUUAAUAUGGUUCAAAUGACAUUCCUUAAACUUCUGAGUGCCUCUGCCAGGCAAAAUUUUACCUACAACUGUCAUCAGUCAGUGGCUUGGUACGAUGUGACAUCUGACAGUCAUGACAAAGCACUCCGGUUCUUGGGAUCAAAUGAUGAGGAGAUGUCUUAUGACAACAACGCUUACAUCAAAGCUCUCUAUGAUGGCUGUGCUUCAAGAAAAGGCUUUGGAAAGAGUGUGAUCGAAAUCAACACUCCUAAGAUAGACCAAUUACCUAUUGUUGAUGUGAUGAUUAAUGACUUUGGAGAUCAGAAUCAGAAGUUUGGAUUUGAAGUUGGCCCAGUUUGUUUCCUUGGUUAAGAUUAGGGCAAAGAACAUAUAAACCGACAAACAUUUUACCUUGGUACCAGCAGUCCACUUUAUGCCACAUGCAAGUUUUGAAUAUGGAUGGUGUAGAAAAUGUCUUGCUGUGUAUGUAUGUAUUACUUAGAAAAUGUGUUGCCCUUGUAGGGCCAGAAUCACAUGACUUAAAAUUAUUCAAAAAUCAUGAAAGACAUAUAUACUGUGGCAGAAAUGGAAAACUUAGGGUUGAUUUUUCAUUCCCUGUUCUCUUUUCUCCUUCCCCUAUUUGGAUUCCUUUGGUGCUAUUCUUAUAAAAAGCAACAAGCAAACAAAAAUCCAUCGACAGCAUAUAUAUAUAGGAAAGACAUGGUGCUCCUUCCCAUCCAUCACAGGAGGUGCUAAGAAGAUGUGUUUAAUAAAUUGUAAUUAUUUUAUGUACAGUACUAUACUGUUAUUUUCUUUGUCCAUUUCCAAAACUUGCAUGUGUCUCUGAAUUGCAUCUGGCUCUAACUUUAUAAAAAUUACAAAACUCUGUUGAUGGCAAUAAAUACUGUGUAUGUAUUAUGAGAAAUAAAGCUGUAAUUUCCAGUGACUCCAACUCCAUUUUCUGGUUAAUAAUAAUAAUAAUAAUUAAUAAUUAAUAAUAAUAAAAUCCCUUUGUAUAUAUUGAUGUUGAAGAGCUCUGUUAUUUGAAGUCGCCAAAAAAUCUCAGGUGGCAAAAAACUGGAAGACCUUUGGCAACACACUCAAAUCAACUCUUCUCUGCUGUUGUUACCUUUUAAUGAAUUGCAAACAGAAGCAGCAUCCUCCAGGGUGCUAAGUUCUAUGGUGCUAUACCUCAAGACUUUUUUUUCUUUUCAGAAUCCAGGAUUUCAUUAUAAACCUGUAUAUACCUAAGGGAAGCAAGUUUAUAUUUUAGGGUGGGAAAAUAAUGUUUAUGAAAAGUACUUGUAUUUAAAGAGAUCUGUUUAAUUCUUUGUGCAGUCAAAGGUUAGAUCUGUCAUUACCCCUCUCUUGUAUGUCAUCUAAACAUUUUUUCAGUGUGCUUCUCUGAUGCACAUUAAUAUUAAAACUGGAACCAAAGCAAUUAUUUAUGAAUUUGUGCAAUUAUUUGUGUUUUUUUAAUGAUCAAUGAUUAAAAAUUUACUUCCUGAAUUGGAUAUUACAAUAAAUAGUUGUCCCAAAUAGCAUAUGACCACCCCACCAAUAUGACAAUUUCUAUUUUUUUCAAAUUAAGGCCAUAGGUCAUGUAAUUCUAUCUAGUUGCUAAGCAACAUAUGAGCAGACUAUUCAUUAAAAGAGCCUAUUUUUAAACUCAAUUUAUACAAGUUGCUAUCCAAAUUCCAUGGUUGGUUUCUUUUCCCUAUGAACUUUUUUUUCCAGAUAGAUUCAAUUAGAAUGAAGAUUUAAACUUCACAAACACAAUCCUUUUGUAACUAUUUUUCAUAAUAUAUGUAAGACUUGAAAAUAAAUGUUUGUUAUUAUUUCUUAUUUUAAUUGUUAAAUUAAUUGAUACCAGAUUCCACUGACUCAUUUUCACCUGGUCUUUUAUCAUGAAAGAGUAUACUUGUAAAAACUGGGACUACAAACUGAACAUUUGUCAUUCAGAAUAUCUUUUACUUUUGAACCCAAGUUUGUUGUAACUGUCACCUUCAGAAGG